CUUCAUCAGAUGCAAAGCGCUCAAGAUAAGUACCCGAAUAUGUGCCAUCACCCGGUAUUAAAAGUCGUUAUUGACAGUGGCUGAAACCAAAACUUUGAAGUAGGUGUAACUGUUGCUUUAACCGUCAAAUCAUAUUGUUACUUUAGAGAAUCUUUACCAAAAUUCCAAAUUGGAACUCAGGCAUCAGGAUGUUCUCCUGAAGUGCAAACUUGUAUUCAAUAUGUUUUAAGGGCACCAGAGUUGACACGUAGCUGAGCAAAAAGAAGCAAUUCUUGGCCAAGGACCCCAUAUCACAUAUGAAGGGAUAAGGAAAAAUCUGAGAGAACUCGGGAGGUUUUCCUUUGCUAGAAAUGAACCUACCAAAACUGAGUUUCAGAAUCAUACAGCAAAAGAAUGCUAAUUUAUGGCUCAACUACUCCAAUUCUACUUAAUACAAUCAACACCAACAACAAGAAGGCUAAUGGCAUCAUCAUCAGAAGCACUUCCCAGUUUGCAAGAGCAAGCAGAAGUUGCAUUGUAGCAACUGCAGGGUUGCUUGCAACUGCUGCAGUGUUAGCUUCAGCUGCAUCAAUAGGUCUUGCAAUCGAGUCCCCUGAACAAGGUGAUACUCUAGCCAACAUACCGCAGACGCUAUCCGGUGAGUGCAUUUUACCCAAGGAUUGCAAGAAAGCUCGGAUUCAAAAGCCGAAAUCAAGAAAAGCGGAGUCUUGCACAAUCAAGUGUGUAACUACUUGUAUCAGGGGCGGCGAGGGAUCACCCGGUGAAGGCCCCUUCAAUGUCAGAAGACCUAUAGUUGUUUUCAAGCAAGGCUUCCGAAGCCGUCAAUACUGUUUGGUGGAGUGCUCAGAUAUAUGUAAUCUGAUUCGAGAUGGUGACGAUGGGCCUUAAUUGAAACUAUAAAUUUUUGUAA